CACAGAGUGUUUUCUGUGUGCAUGAAGAAAUAUGCAGGGUAUGUGUGUUAAACAUGUGAAUGGCACAAGUCUCUACUCCAGAGUACGGGCACGCUGUCAUACACCACACGUACGUGACGCCGCUGGACGCCAUCUUGAAUCCUGGCAACCGGAAAUAGGUCAAAGCCUGAGCAGCUGCUGUUUACGCAACUUUCAAGGUGAGAGGAUGUUUAGAGGCCCUCAUUUCUUGAAUUGGGCUUGUCCCGUGCGGUUCCUGUUACAGCAGAGAGACUCUCACCUCCCUGCUUUGUCCCAGUACGCUGCUGCUGCUGCUGCUUUACAUGGCCCUAAACAGCUCAAGAAAAGACAAUCCACAAGAUGCCAUCAAACAAGAUCUCAAAUCUGCACAUCCAGUUUUGGGGGACGUUCAGUUUUUUAUUUUAAUGCAAGAAAUGUUAAGCCGUUUUGCGACUUCCCUUCCAAAACGAUUUUUUCUACUCAACAUGUGUCUGGUACCUUUUUAAACAGGGAACAUAAACAAUGGAAAAGCACUGUAGUGAGCGGUAACAAUGACUGUACAGACUGUGCUCAAUCCCACAGAAACCCCUGGAUUCAACUACAUUGUUCCUCUUAUUGUGAUCCCUUUAAACCAAGUAAAUUAUAUUGUAGACCUAGCCUAACGAAAUAUUUUAGCUCAUCACUGUCUAAGCCCGACGUUUUUAACCAUCAUCCUGCACCAUACAAAUGUCACCAAACAAGACAAGUUCACAAGACGGUCAGUCAAGUUCCUAGGGAGGACUCGGCUUGGAGAGAAUGCCUGUCUUCUAUGAAUGAACAAAGAUGUCGACAGAUUCUUGAACCAAACAUGAAACUUUAUGAGGUGGAGAAAGUGCGGAGGGGUCCCAGUCUGGGUUUGGGGAAGAAGCCGGCGAGAUGGGCGUCCGUUUUGGUCAGUCUCUGCAGUGUAGAGGAUGAACCGGCGUUACUGUUCACUCUGCGCUCCAGUACUCUCCAGGGCAGGCACAAAGGAGACGUCAGUUUUGCUGGAGGGAAGAGCGAUCCUUCAGACAAAGAUGUUGUGGCCACAGCUCUGAGAGAAGCCAGAGAGGAGCUGGGCAUAAAUGUGGGCACAGAGCAAGUGUGGGGCGUCCUCAAGCCGCUCAGGGAGAUGACUGGGAUGAUGGUCGCUCCAGUGCUCGCAAACUUGGGCCCUUUAGAAGAGCUGUCCUUCAAACCAAACCCUGGGGAGGUGGAGGAGAUCUUCACCCUCUCCCUGGCUCACUUGUGUAACCCUGUGAAUCGCGGUUACACACAUUUCCGCACCGGAGACAAGUACGGAUACACUUUGCCAGUCUUCAGAAAUGGGAAGCACCGAGUCUGGGGCCUGACCGCUGUGGCCUUAGAUUGCACUUUAAAAAUCAUCUGUCAGCAAUAAGACCUCAACACCCAAGCACUGUUGUAAUGGAAGAUGGUAGGGCUGCAGAAUAUUGGUAAAACUAUGAUCAUCUGAAAUGUGGAUGUGUUUAAAGGCGCAUUGUGUGACUUCUGUGGUAGAGUGUCCGUCAAAUGCUUUUCUCUGUGGAGAUGUUAUUGCUUUGUCUGGAAUAGUUCACAGUAUGGUAUUAAACCCCUCACAGUUGGAAUGCCUGUUUUUCUAGGUAUUUUUGAGCUCUAAAACCAUCUGUAAAUGAAUAAAUUUAUGGUAGAGCUGUUUAAUGUCAUACUGUGGAACAUUCCAGGCAGAGCAAUGACAACUCUGUAGAAACAAGCAGGUGACAGACCCCCCACCAAAAAGUUACACAAUGCCUCUUUAAUGCAACUUUUCUGGUGGAGAUAUUAUUGCAUUGCCUGUAAUGUUUCACAGUAUGGCAUUAAGCUUCAUAUCUCCAAGGAGACAAGCAAGGCCGAGUUACAGGACAGAUCUACGGAGAGGCAGUCCUUCUCUUAGUAAGAAUGCAUGUUAUUUGAAGGUAUUUUUGAGCAAUGGAUAAAUGCAAAACAGUUACUUUAAAUGCCAUACUAUGGAAUAUUCUAGGCAAAACUGAAACAUCUCCCUAGAGAUAAGCAAGCCUAAAAAAAAUAUAGUGCACCUUAUAAACAGGCUUAAAGAAUUUAAAGACAUUUUACUGAUCAAAAACAAGACUUCAGUAGGGCUGAAAAUGACUGAAUUUGAGCCUAACUAUAGUCCAAACCAGGGUCAAAUCUGAACCAAGUCUAAAUCAUGGACUAAAACUUGCACUAAAUUGUGAAAAGACUAUUUUCUUACAAAACAAAACAUGUAUUUAAUAAUAUAAAAAAAGUAAGAACAUACCUUUUAUUUAUGUAUUUUUUCUUUCUUAAUCCUUCCUGAACUGAUAUUGUGCAGUCCUAUGAAACACAAUAUACUCACUUCAAGCCAGUUUCCUCUGCUGAAGCACUUUCUGAGCCAUUUUUAUGUAUUUAUAGUUUAUCAUCAUGUAUUGAACAUUUUUAAUUGAACCUGAAUUAUAAAUGAAGUCACAUAAUCCAAAUACAAGCAUUAAACUUUUAUUUAUUACAUGUUCUUCAUAGUCAGUGCGUCACUGUUCUUUAAUAAAGUUAUUUUUAUCCUC